AUGGUCGUCGCGUCGUUCCUCGUCGAAUACCUCCGCGUGUCCUGGGUCCAGGGCGCCGCGUGGUUCGAGGAGACGUUGGUGGACAUGGACCCGGCGAUCAACGCGAUGAUGUGGCAGAACGCGGGCCGGUCGGGCAUCGACCAGUGGAACUUCGUCAUGUCGCCGGAGAACGCGUCCCAGGAUCCGACGGGCAAGUUCACGCUCCGCUACGUCCCCGAGCUCGCGGGGCUGCCGACGAAGCACCUGCACCGGCCCUGGACCGCGCCGGCGGCCGCGCUGGCGAAGGCCGGCGUCGCGCUGGGCGAGACCUACCCGCUCCGGGUCGUCGACCUCGCGGCCGAGCGCGCGCUCUCGACGGCGGCGGUCCUCGCCAUGCGCGCGCGGCACCCGCGCCGCAACGACGCGGGCGGCUACGACGUCGUCGAGCUCCCGGGCGGCGCGACGACGCGCGUCUUCACGAAGAGGGAGUACCGCCUCCCCGCGGACGACGACGCGGGCAGGAAGCGGGCGACGCCGGCGAAGAAGGGGCGCGUCGCGAAGCGGCGGCGGUAA